AUUGUCAGACAGCUGGUUUUAAAAACACUUCACAUCUCUUGACGCUCAUUGACGAGAAAGAUGAAGUCCUUCCUCUCGAUUCCUUACGCACAGAUGUUGCUUUUUGCACCAAGUCAACUAAUUGCAAUACACUGACAGCCUGCUCUGGUGUGGGUAACGUGAUGCAGUAGUUUCCGUAAAUGGUCUUUACUCGAUGGCGACAGUUCGGUGGGACUGAGCCGCAUGAGCUGCUGCUUGUGCUCCUCAGCAGGGACAUUUCACUUCACGAGCCAAGUGACAGCCUUAUUUUCGAGUAGUUUUUUACUUUUUGUGAAGUGGCGGGACAGUAGAAAGCUUAUUUCCAUGCGCCUGACUUCAUUCGCGGAUACUGCAUUUCCUACAGAAGAAUGACUUCGGUGUGGAAAAGGUUACAAAGAGUUGGCAAAAAGGCCACCAAAUUUCAGUUCGUGGCUUCGUAUCAAGAACUUGUCCUGGAAUGUACAAAGAAAUGGCAACCAGACAAACUGAGAGUGGUGUGGACCAGGAGGAACAGACGCAUUUGCUCCAAGCUUCAUUCAUGGCAGCCAGGCAUCAAAAAUCCCUACAGGGGAAUGGUGGUGUGGCCUGUUCCCGAGAAUGUGGACAUUACCGUCACGCUCUACAGGGAUCCACAUGCAGAUGAGUUUGAAGACAAAGAGUGGACGUUUUUCAUUGAGAAUGAGACGGCAAAGGGGAGUCGGAAAGUGCUGGCGUCUGUGGACUUGAACAUGAAGAAGUUUGCCAGCGCCACACACUCGCAGACAGACCUGAUGCUCAAAAUGAAGCCUCUGUCAGUGAAAGUGGUGGAGGCCACGCUGAAGCUGUCUUUAUCAUGUGUGUUCCUCAAGGAGGGGAAAGCUACGGAUGAGGACAUGCAGAGUCUCGCCAGUUUGAUGAGUGUAAAGCCAACAGACAUUGGGAACCUGGAUGACUUCAAUGAGAGCGAUGAAGAGGAGGAUAAGAGAUCCAGCACUGGUGUCAAUCUCAGCACUGCAGCUCCAGCACCUCAUCUUUCUCUUCGAUCAACACGUUCCCAAGAAAAGAGAUCUGCGUCUUUUAAGAGCCCUUCAGCAGCAGUCAGUGGUAAAGAGAGGCCUUCUGCUGGCCUCCUCUCCCGACCAGUGUCUGCCACUGUCCAUAAACCUGACCUUCCAUCACGUCCACCUUUACCCACUCCACCCAGCCCAACCCCUCGCACCAUGCCCUCACCCGCCCGCUCCAGACCUCCACGUCCACCACCCAUUGCCUUGCCACAGGCUCCACCUGACCCCCACACUGAGCAAAACACUGCCGGUUCACUCCCUCCAGCAUUGCCCAAAAUCUUCCAGCCGUCCCCUGGCUCAGCUCCAGUGUCUUUCCCAAGAAGGCUGUCGGGCUCUGAGGGGCCUCCGGAGGGCCCUGUGACCUCUGACUAUCCUCUGCUCAAACUCCCUCGGGCUUCUAUGUCUUCUCCAUCCGAUCCUUUCCUCCCUCAGCCUCCCUCUCUUCCUGUUUUACCUCUGAAAGAUUCUUUUGGAGCACCUUGUGCCAGUGUUUUUAAGCCCAAGAUUGUGCCCGGUGCUCGCCCUGUUUCCCCCACGCCAGUCCCCUUCCUCGAGCCCAAAACCUCCUCCCUCUCGCUCUCUGACACGCUUAAGCGUCCAUCUGCUGGCACUGUGCCAGAUCUAAAUGAGCAGAUGACGGCAGUGUCUGCAUCUCCUUUCUUCACUGUCUCUCUAAAUGAAUCUGUGACUCCUGUUCCUCUGCUAAGCAAACCAGACCUUGAAGCUCUGUGCGAAACCCAUUAUUCUUCUGGUCAAUUCCCCAAGCCACCUUCACCUCCCUCCCUCUCUUUCCCUCUGCCAGUCACUUUUACCCCAGCAGCUUCUUCCUCUUCUCUUGCUAUAUUGUCCACUGAUGUCCUCGCAUCUGCCCCCUGCUGUUCACUGCAAUCUUCUUCUGCUCAAUCAGAGAUGCCCAGAGAGCUCAACACACUUACAGAGGAGGAUCAAACAAAUCCAUUUUUACAAGAUAUACUUGCUGAAGAAGCGAAGAACUCUGAACCUAAAAAUGAGCAGCAUCACUCAUCUCGGACCGUCAGCAGCAUUAGCAUUGCCAAUCAACAAGUAUCUUCUUCGCUCUCUCAACCUGAAACCAACAGCACAGAAAGAAAAGAGCUCAGACCUGCCAUGGCUGUAAAAAGUCUUGAAUCAUCAUCUGGACAGCCUGUGGAAACUUUCAAAUCUGAGGAACUGGACAUUAGGACUGUCAUUCCUCCACAGCCAUCCUCAAGUCCAGCAACAAAACCUCCUUCAUCUGCAGUUUCCACUCAUAUGGAGAAAAAACAGCUAGUUUUUAUUGCAGAGAAACCACCGUUGGCUGAGGAAGAGCCGGAUUUUAAAGUGGCUGAUUUUGAUAAAGUGAUCAUGACCUCUCAGCCUCUCAUCAAAGACGUUACGUUUGACAAACAGCCUGAGAAAAAGCCCAUCAGAACUGACAGUGAAAAACAAAUGCAGUCCAGUCAGGUUCAAACCUUUUCACUAACCGAUGAUGACUUACUGAAGGAAACAGAAAACGCAAAAAAUGAAUCAGCAGAGGAAGUUGUUCUGAAAGAGGAACCAAAUGAUCUGAAGGGUACUUUACUUUGUGCCGACCUCAACAAGUCAGACGAGGACAAAAUCAUCAAGAAAUUUGCCUCAGCUUUGGUUACCAAUAUAGAGCAAAAUGCUCCCAACGUUUCAUCCAGUUCAUCACAAGAUGAUCAUAAGGAAAAGAGUCAAGUGUUGGUGGAAGAAGUCCUUACAUCUAAGACCGAUGGGAAUUUGAGAGAAAAACAGUCCCAUAAGGAGGAUCUGGACAAGAUUUUAAUAAUUGAGGAAAGUCAAAAUGAAUUGGCCUUCACUACACCUGAAAGUCCUAGCGUUAGUCUCUAUCCGGCUGCCCACGUUAUAUCAGAUCAGCCCAAAGAGCUUCCUCUCAUUCAUUCCCAAUCCCUGGACCUCCAAAUCCUCAAAUGCAUCCCAGAACUAACUCCAGCAGUCAGUGAACCUGCCAAACCAGAGCUGAUUGUGAAGGAGUCAGACAACACAGUGUUGGAGGUCCCGUCACAUGCCCAAGCAGUACCAAUCUGGAGUUCUCUGGAAGAGAAAGUACAAGAUCAAGAGGAUGCAUUAAAAGAUGAGGAGAUACAUAAGCACAAAAUACCUCAGAAAAUGGCAAAGUUAGAAAUAAAAUCCUCAAAAAAGUCUUUAGAAUCAGGACCAGACGAUUCCUCAAUUCCACCAAUACCAAGAGAUUUCCCACCCACACAAACGCUGGAAUCACCUCAGACUGUCUUUCCACCAGAAUCAACAUUAAAAGACACUGCACCAACGGAAACAAUUUCCCAAUCUGCAAGCAAAUUUUACCUUCCCCAUAAAGAUGAGAGUACACAGUCUCCACCGCCAGUGCCUUUACAGGAAGUCGGCCCUGAUGCCAUAAAUCAAGACGCUAGUUUUGCAGCCGCUCAUGGGGUUUCACAGUGCGAUGAAAAACUAACCACUUUAUCGCACAUAACUACAGAAAAAGAUGCAAUGACUCUUGAGAUACGCAAAGAUAAUGCAGAAGAGACAAGUAGGAAUAACUUGUCACCACUAGAGGGCAAUAUUACCAACUCUACAUGUAUAAUUAACACUGAAAUUAAAAAACAAAGCAUCAUCAAGGCACCAGAAAGCUUAAUUGUAGAAGCCUCAGAAAGACAGCAAGAUGUAAACGUCAAUGAGGAUGUUUCUCCAAGAAGCUCAGUGGUUCCUUGGCCAUUUCCAUCUCCUAAACUGGAAAGACAUCAAGAGAUGUCAAAAAGCACAGACAGUUCAAGUGUAAAGAAUGAGGAGCAGUUGGAGGAGAGCGUUCUGUUAGCAAAGAUCCGUCAAAUGGCAGAAGAUGAAAUGGCUAAACCAGCAUCUACUGCCCCACGUGCUAAAAUACGCUUGAUACCCUGCAAAUCUGAUUUCGAACUCCCUCCAACUCCACCUCUACAACUAAAGUCCAGCACGAAACCGCCCAUGGAAGAGAAACUGAUCAAUUUAGAUCAUACAGAAGAAAUCACAAAUCCACCAUCAGUGAUUUUCCAGGAGCAAACAGAAGAGCAGAUUAAUAACAGUCAGUCUCAGACUGCAUCUGCACCAAUGGAGAGUUUUACGUUAGAUGACAGACACAAAAAGGAAAGUGCUAAUAAUGCAGUUUUAGAUGACAAUGUCCUGUUAAACAAGCAAGAACCAAACGUCCAGCUGGAACGUGUGGCAGCUGAAGGGGAGCGCCAAGAUACGCCAGCUGCUGAGCCCACAGGGAACACAGCAACACAAGCUGAAACUGAGAACGAGGAACAGCUAGAUUUAAGUGUUGAUAGACGUGAAGAGGCUCAAAUGGAGCCGGAUAAACCACCAUCUCCAGUGCCUGAUGAAUUGUCUAGUCAUCCUCAGGAAAAAGAGUCCUCUAAUUUGACCCAGGAAUCCAAAGGGGUCGAGACACCAUCUGAAAGCCCAGACAGUAUGCAGGUCAACGGCCAGACCUCCGUGGAUGUGUCCCAUGUCAUUGUGCCUCCAAUGCGCAGUAAAAAGAAAAUAAUCCCACCACCAAUGGACCUCACACUGGUAAAAUCAAUAGAUGAGACAAACAGAGAGGGCUCAGCAGUGCCUGCGUGGAGUUAUGCCAGUCCAUUGCCCAGUCCUGGUCUGGUGACCUCCACUCAGUCUUUGCUGGAAUGGUGUCAAGAGAUCACAAAGAAGUAUAGAGGUGUAAAAAUCACAAACUUCAGCACAUCUUGGCGUAACGGCCUGGCUUUCUGUGCCAUCUUACAUCACUUCCACCCUGAGAUAAUUAACUUUGACUCCUUGGAGCCUCACAACAUAAAGCAAAACAACAAAACUGCUUUUGAUGGUUUUGCUUCACUGGGCAUCUCUCGUCUGCUGGAGCCCUCAGACAUGGUGCUUCUCUCUGUCCCGGACCGUCUCAUCGUCAUGACAUACCUCAGCCAAAUCCGUGCCCACUUUACAGGACAGGAGCUGAGCGUCCUACAGAUCGAGCUGAACAAUAGUCAGUCCAGCUACACAUUGGCCGGACCAAACCAGCGGCCCGAUGUACAAGCGGCAGCCAAAUUCUGUGUGGAGAGACUCCAGGCUGGAGCUUUUACUGGAGACAAAAACAGUAAAGACUCAAUGGCGGAGGAAAGCGAAUCCAAGUCAAACGGAGGACUUGUUGCUCCACCGAGGACUAAACGGACAGGAAAAGUGGAUGAAGAGGAGACAGACGGAGGUGUACAGACUCCUGUGGCUCCUCCAAGACUGAAUACAGCUGCUUCCAAAUCAGCGCUCGGACACUUACGAGACGCGGAUCUUGUGAAGAAACGACGGUCAAGGAUGAAGAGCGAGUCUAUGGACGAGCCUGAUUCAAAAGAGAUGCUACAUGAGUCAGAUAAAAGUGAACCAACAGUUGAAGGAACAAAUGGCUCAGCAGCUGCUAGAGAAAAUGCUGAAGCAGAACCUCAGGAUGCAAACCAAGAUGCUAAAUCAGCAGAUUUUGAGACAAUGUGUCUGCAGGACACCAAUCAGUAUGUAUUGAGUGAACUUCAGGCUCUGGAAACGGAACAGAAGCACAUAGACAGCAGAGCAGCGGUGGUGGAGAAACGCCUGCGAAGACUCAUGGAGUCGGGGAGUGAUAAAGAUGAAGAGGAGAAGCUGAUUCAGGAGUGGUUUACUCUGGUCAACAAAAAGAAUGCUUUGAUAAGGAGACAGGACCAUCUGGAGCUGCUGCAAGAAGAGCAGGAUUUAGAAAGAAGGUUCGAGUUGCUGAACCGAGAGCUCAGAGCCAUGAUGGCCAUUGAAGACUGGCAAAAAACUCAGGCCCAGCAGCACAGAGAACAGCUGCUGCUUCAGGAACUGGUGUCACUGGUCAACAAGCGAGACGAGCUGGUCAGAGACAUGGAUGCCAAAGAGAGAGGGGCUUUGGAGGAGGACGAGAGACUGGAAAGAGGUCUGGAAGCCAGACGAAGGAAAUUUAGCAAUAAGGAAAAGUGUGUUCUUCAAUAAUAAUCAUUUAAACAGUUAAUAUGGAAACUGUGACGAUUGCAGCAGGACAUUAGUGUGCCUUGUAAUAUCUUCCUCACAACUUCUUCAAGAUCUCAGAGGGAUAUAAAACACAUCCAGAUGUUUUUCCCUGAAAGUUUGCACAAUUUUGAAGUUUUUUUUUCCCAGGCUGCACUGAUGUAGAGUUUGGUAUUUAAACAACCCAGGCUCAUUCUGAAAACGUACCUCUACAUACAUUUCUGAUGACCAUCAAACACCUCCCAGAAGCUACGUUUUUUGUCAGUUUUUGUUUUCGCAAAUGCACAAGAGGCUGCUGUGUACACUUUUUGAGAUAUCAAAUUUGCCAUUCGCUCCUGCUAUUCUCUCGUAAAUUCACCAGAGGCUGCUGACGACUGACUGACUGACCCGCCCACCCAUUUCCCUAAACCCAACCGACAAAUUUAAAUAGCAAUCCAGAAAAAGAAAAGCCCUCGCCUGAUUUUUACCACAUUCUCACCCUGUUAUUUACUUUUUUUAUUUUGUUUUUUGGCUUCUGUUUUUGUCUUACCUGCUUUCUGGAACUGUUCUUAACCGGACUCGAACCUCGUUGUCGUGGUCUUUUCCUCUCUGCAUCUCAAGUCCACCGACAUAUAUGGCGAGCUAACUAGAAAAACUGGUAACAGCAGUAAAGCCGUCCAUACGGAGGUAAGCGGUCAGCUGGUUAGCGCGAAAAGAAACGGCGUCAUACCACCCAAUAGCGUUCAUUUAAAAAAUGAAAUGCAGCCAUACGUACUUCUGGCUACAUAAUUGACGAUUUCCAGAAAUGCAUAUAGGGGUAUGUUUUCAGAUUGAGCCUAUGUUGCAUUUAAAGCAAUAUUACUUUAAUAUGGAACAAUAAACACUUCUCACACAUCUGAAUGGACAAAGAUAAACUGAACACAGUAAAAACAUCCUACACAAUGCUGUAUAUCACAAGAAAUCUUAUAAUUAUUGAGAGUCUUUUUUUGCUGAAGUAAAGAAAAUAUUCCUUAGUAAAUAAUAGAUUUCUUGUAAGCUACAGCAGUGAGCAGGGUUUUCUCUGCUUUGUUAUGUUUUAUUGUGAAUGGGAUAUUUUUUCACAGACAGGAAUAAGUCAGUUUGACUGUCAGUAAGGUGUAUGGAAAAGACAGAGACUUGCGCCAAAGUUUGCUGGUUUUACAUUAUUUAUUGAAGUGUGUUGUUUCCUGGUAUGCCAAAAUGUGUCUGUCGGCUGUUGUCUUGCAUAGAAAAAUGUGUUUUGAGACAGUAUGUGUCUCCAAAUGAAUGUAUUCAUGAAAUGAUUUGCAUUGCAGUGCCUUUAGAGGUUUAUUACCGUUCCAAAAGGGGCUUUUUAUAUACAGUCAAGCCAUUCUGUAUUUUUCUGUUUGAAAUCUCGAAAAGCUCAUUGAAAAUAAGAAUGAAACAAAUAUUUAUGGAUUGUUUUAUAGAUUUACAAAAAAGUAUUUUGUCAGACUGUACACUUUUUUUGAUAUGUAAAUGUGUUAUUCAUUCCUAUUUUAACAUUUAGGGUGUUUUAUUCAAUAAAGUUUGAUGCUGUUUGAA